AUACACAGGGCGCUGGUGGUGUGGAUUUGUCUAGAAUAGUGUGGAAAAAUAACGGAAUAACAUUAUAUUGACAAAUGCUAUAAUAUCUAUAGCAUUUCCUGCACAUAUCCAAUUCAUUCCGAAAGAAAAUACGCUUCCUCUGAUCCUGUGAAUGACCGAAAACGAAAAGAUGACACAGGACGCGGCGGCUAUGAAAGAAGAAGGGAACAAUCUCUUCAAAACAGGGGAUGUUCAAGGAGCACUGUGCUGCUAUACCAAGGCACUCAAGCUGAGUGAAAACAAGUCCGACAGUGCAAUCCUUUAUCGCAAUCGUUCUGCCUGCUACCUGAAGCUAGAAGACUUCUCCAAGGCAGAGACAGAUGCAUCAAAAGCUCUUGAUACAGAUCCAGGUGAUAUCAAAGCAAGGUAUCGCCGUGCCCAGGCGCUACAGAAGUUGGGUCGACUGGACCAAGCCUUCAUGGAUGCACAGAAAUGCGCCCAGCUGGAGCCCAAAAGCAAAGCAUUCCAAGAUCUUCUGCGUCAGCUUGGCAUCCAGAUUCAGCAGAAGGCAACGCAAAUGUCCUCCACAGACGCUCGUGUCCAGCAGAUGUUCAAACUCCUGACUGACAGCUCAACUGCACAGACAGACAGGCAGAAAGCAGCUCAGAACCUGGUGGUCCUCUCUCGUGAUGAUGCGGGGGCUGAGCAGAUCUUCCGUAACGACGGAGUCAAACUCAUCCAGAGGCUGCUGGAGGCCAAGCAGGAGGAUAUCGUCCUGUCUGCCCUCAGGACUCUCGUGGGCUUGUGCACAGGCCACCAGUCAAGGACCAUGGCUAUAGUGAAUGAGCUGGGCAUGGUGAAGCUGUGUGAGGUGAUGGGCUCUGGGGAGCAGACCGUGUCCCUGGCCGCCUGCCACCUGCUGCAGGUGAUGUUCGAGGCCCUCACAGAGGGCAUGACCAAGGUCAUCAGAGGGAAGGAGGAGGCCGUCCUGCCUGAGCCAUCGCGUGAGUUGCGCUCCAUGUUGCGGCACCUUCUGGAUAUGCUGCCUGCUGCUAGUGUGUCGGGACCAGGCCGAGACAGCGCCAUCAACCUGCUGGUCAAGCAAGUGCCCCGGAAGUCCCAGAAGAACCCAGACAACUCACUCACGCUAUGGGUCACUGACCAAGGGCUUAAGAACGUUCUGGAAGUGGCAGGAACGGUGCCAGAGCUGGGUGAUGGGCCGCGACUGACAGACAACUCACACAUGAGCAGCUCAGUGCUGCUCAACAAACUCUACGACGACCUCAAGAGUGAUGCAGAGAGGGAGAACUUCAACCGCAUCUGUGAAGAUUAUGUAAAGAAUCAUUUUGACCGGCAAGCCAUGUCGUCCAAGCUGCGUGCCAUCCAGACAGUGUCGGUGCUGCUGCAGGGCCCCAGCGAGGUGGGCAACCGCUCCCUGGAGCUCUCGGGCAUGAUGGACGCCGUCAUCGCCCUCUGCGCCUCCAAGGACCUGGUCCACCAGCAGGUGGCGGUAGAGACGCUCAUCCACGCGGCCGGCAAGGCCAAGAGAGCCUCCUUCAUCACAGCCAACGGGGUGACGCUGCUCAAGGACCUCUACAAGAACAGCGAGAAUGACAGGAUACGCGUCAGGGCACUUGUGGGCUUGUGUAAACUGGGAUCAGCUGGGGGCACUGAUUUCAGCAUGAAGCAGUUUGCCGAGGGCUCCACCUUAAAGCUGGCCAAACAGUGCAGGAAGUGGCUAUGUAAUGAGUCUCUACCAGUAACGUCUCGGCGCUGGGCCAUCGAGGGCUUGGCCUACCUGACGUUUGACGCUGACGUGAAAGAGGACCUAGUGCAGGAUAAGAAUGCUCUGCAUGCCAUGUUCGACCUGGCUAAGUCGGAUGAUAAGACGGUGCUGUUUGCUAUCGGCUCCACGCUGGUCAACUGCACCAACAGCUAUGACGUGGAGAAGCCCGACCCUCAGAUGGUGGAGAUAGCCAAGUAUGCUAAGCAGCAUGUGCCUGAGGAGCACCCCAAGGAUGCCCAGUCCUAUGUGGAGAAGAGGCUGGUGAAGCUUCUAGAAGCUGGGGUGGUGUCGGCAUUAGUGUGUAUGGUGAAGCAGGAGAGCCCGGCCCUCACAGAGUCUUGUCGGGAGUGUAUCGCCAGGGUGUUCUUGGCUCUGGUGGAAAGACAAGAGGAUCGGGGAAUGGUGGUGGCACAGGGAGGAGGAAAGGCUCUGCUUCCGCUGGUCACAGAGAGUACAGACAAGGGAAAGAUCAAAGCAGCACAGGCACUCGCCAAAAUCACCAUCACUCACAACCCGGAGAUUGCUUUCCCAGGAGAGCGGAUAUAUGAGGUGGUGCGUCCUCUGGUCAGCCUGCUGCGUCUGGAGUGCACUAUGCUGCAGAACUUCGAGGCCCUGAUGGCCCUCACCAACCUGGCUGGCAUCAGCGAGAAGCUCAGGCAGAAGCUGAUAAAGGAGCGGGCGGUGCCCAAGGUGGAGGGCUACAUGUUCGAGGAGCACGACAUGGUGCGCGCCGCUGCCACAGAGUGCAUGUGCAACCUGGUGCUCAGCACAGAGGUGCAGGAGUUGUUCCUGGACAAGGGCAGCGACCGCCUGAAGCUGCUGGUGCUGUACUCCGGUGAGGAUGACGAGAGGCUGAGGAAGGCCGCCGCUGGCACCCUGGCCAUGCUGACUGCCGAGCAGCCAGACAUAUGCGCUCGCGUCCCUGAAACGACAAGCCACUGGCUGGAGAUCCUGCAGGCACUGCUGCUAAGCGACAGCCAGGAGUUGCGUCACCGUGGCACAGUAAUCACAGCCAACUUGAUGCAGGCGCAGCGCGACCUGGCGGAGAAGCUCAUGGAGAGCGAGGCGUUGGAGAUCCUGUCCGUCAUGGCUAAGGGUAGUGACAAUGACAAGGAAGGGAGUGACGUCAAGAAAGCCACACCGAAACCAGAGGCCCGCGUCGCCCAGCAGUGCCUGGAUCUAGCCCUGGGCUACGGCCUCAUCCAGACAGGGGACAAGGCAGGGGAGCCCAGGGCAGAAGCUUGACCCUAGCUCCUGGGACCACCACUGUACUACCACCAGAUACGGUUGAUAAGGAACCAUAUUGACAAUCGUUGUGUUAGUGUCACCAUCACCGCAGCAUAGCACAGCACGACACAGCAGACUGGGCUUUCAACAGCCCACCAUGACCCUGGAGUGCACAGCUUUGUGUACACAAGAGACAGGAGAGGUGGCUUGGCUUUGUAGUGUAUCACAUUCCACUGAAAAUGUCUUAAACACCACAAAGACGACAUUCUGUAUAUUUGAAGUGACUUCUAAGCAAUAAUGAAUCAUGAUAAUGGAUUAUAUAUCACACAUCAUCUUAUAUUAUAUAUAUUUUAUUUUGUGAACACUCACAGACAUUCUUCAAGCCACUAUUUUGCGCCUUAGUGUAGUGACUUCAGCUGUUAUCCAGCAUUCCCUCAUUACAAACAGCUUUUGGACCAACAGACCAAACGUUCCACUAUGACCCACAUUCAUUCCCAUAUAUUCUUGGUUUUGUAUUAUUUUGCACUCUUGCAUUCCAAAAUAUUCUAUUUAGGCAUCCCUAAUGACAUUUCAUUUGCAAUGGAGGAGCAGUAUUGUUUCAUCUGAAAAGCCUGUCCACAGAAUGUGAUAUAAAUGUUUUUUUUAUGAUUGUGCCUGUGGAAAAUUGGGAGAUGGUCAAAGUUCUUCCCAACGAACGAAGCACAAUCAACUUAUUUUAGGCUACUUAUCACAAUAAUGGUUUUGUUGGUGUGUUUGUUUGUUGGCUUGUUUCUUUGUUUUCUGAAACUCCCUUGCUGUUUGUGCCUUUUUAUAUAAAGAACACUAAACCUGUGUGUACCUUA